AUGGCGAGCCCCGUGGCGUCGGCGGCCCUCAAGGCCAGGAUCCGAAGUCCACCGAUGCUCAAGAAGCUCUGCCGUCCCGAGGACAUGCUUCAUCACUUUCCCAACGGAGCUUACAUUGGCUGGUCCGGCUUCACUGGUGUUGGAUACCCAAAAAAGACUCCCACUUUCCUAGCCGAUCAUGUCGAAAAGAACAACCUUCAGGGCAAGAUGAAAUACUCUCUAUUUGUUGGUGCCUCGUCCGGAACCGAGACCGAGGACAGGUGGGCGAGCCUUGACAUGAUCAACAGGCGAAGCCCUCACCAAGUCGGCAAGAACAUCGCCAAGGGAAUCAACAGUGGCAAGAUCAACUUUUUCGACAAGCACCUCUCCAUGUUCCCCGUGGACUUGGUAUACGGCUUUUACACAAAGGAUAGGCCACACAACAACCUUGAUGUCACGGUGGUAGAGGCAACAGAAAUUCUCGAGGACGGCAGCAUUGUUCCGGGUGCCUCGGUUGGAGCAACUCCGGAGCUUAUACAGAUGGCCGACAAGAUCAUCAUCGAAGUCAACACAGCUUUGCCGAGCAUGGAGGGACUUCACGAUAUUACCAUGACAGACCUGCCCCCGCACCGCAAGCCCUACUUGAUCCAGGGCGUGGAGGACCGUAUUGGCACUACCUCGAUUCCUAUCGACCCGUCAAAGGUUAUUGGUGUUAUCGAGUCGGACUACCAGGAUAAGACGGCGCCCAACACGCCGGCCGAUGAGGGCUCCGCCAUGAUUGCCAACCACUUGAUCGAGUACUUUGAGCACGAGGUCAAGCACGGCCGCAUGCCCAAGAACCUGCUGCCGCUCCAGUCGGGCAUUGGAAACAUUGCCAACGCCGUCAUUGGAGGUCUUGCCAACUCCAAAUUCGAGAACUUGAAGGUUUGGACCGAGGUCAUCCAGGACACAUUUUUGGACCUUUUCGACUCGGGCAGCUUGUCCUACGCCACGGCCACAUCGGUGCGCUUUUCGCCCGAGGGAUUCGAGCGCUUUUACAACAACUUUGACAGAUACAAGGAGAGGAUUCUGUUGCGAUCGCAGUCGGUGUCCAACGCCCCCGAGAUCAUCCGCCGUCUGGGCGUCAUCGGCAUGAACACCCCCGUCGAGGUUGACAUCUACGCCCACGCCAACAGCACCUGCGUCAUGGGCUCGCGCAUGCUGAACGGCCUGGGCGGUUCGGCCGACUUCCUCCGGUCCGCAAAGUACAGCAUCAUGCACACGCCGUCGACGCGGCCGAGCAAGACUGACCCCCACGGCGUCAGCUGCAUCGUCCCCAUGUGCACGCACAUCGACCAGACGGAGCACGACCUCGACGUCGUCGUCACGGAGAACGGCUUGGCGGACGUCAGGGGUCUGUCCCCACGGGAGAGGGCGCGGGUUAUCAUUAGGCAAUGCGCCCACCCGGUCUACCGCCCGAUCCUGGAGGCUUACUUUGAGAAGGCCGAGUUUGAGUGCUUGCGCAAGGGCAUGGGCCACGAGCCGCACCUCCUUUUCAACACUUUUGACAUGCACAAGGCGCUACAGGAGGAGGGAAGCAUGCAGAAGGUCAAGAGCUGGUAG